CGGCGAGCAGGACCAGCCGAGCGCCGCCGCCGCCGCCGCCGCCCGCCGCCCGCUCCCUCCGCGCCGCCGCCCCGCGUCCGCCCGGCGCGUCCCCAACCGCCGCGCCCGCGCCCGGCCGGCCCGUCCGCGAGCCGCCGAGCCGCCUCCGCGCCCGGCCUCCGUGAGGGGGGCGCCCGGCCGGACCCUGAGCCUCGCUCUCUCGCGCUGCGGCCGCCAGCGCCUCCUCGGCCGCCUGCCCGGCAUGAAGACCAAGUUCUGCAACGGCGGCGAGGCGGAGCCCUCGCCGCUCGGGCUGCUGCUGAGCUGCGGCGGCGGCAGCGCGGCCCCGGCGCCCGGCGUGGGGCAGCAGCGCGACGCCGCCAGCGACCGCGAGCCCAAGCAGCUGGGCGGCCCGCAGCCGCCGCUCGCGCUGCCGCCGCCGCCGCCGCCGCCGCUGCCGCUGCCCCCGCCGCCGCCGCCGCCGGCCGACGAGCAGCCCGAACCUCGGACGCGGCGCCGGGCCUAUCUGUGGUGCAAGGAGUUCCUGCCCGGGGCCUGGCGCGGCCUUCGCGAGGACCAGUUCCACAUCAGUGUCAUCAGAGGUGGCCUCAGUAACAUGCUGUUCCAGUGCUCCUUCCCUGACUCCGUGGCCACCAUUGGUGACGAGCCUCGGAAAGUGCUCCUGCGGCUCUACGGGGCGAUUUUAAAGAUGAGGUCCUGUAAUAAAGAGGGAUCCGACCAAGCUCAGAAAGAAAAUGAAUUUCAAGGGGCCGAGGCCAUGGUCCUGGAGAGCGUCAUGUUUGCCAUUCUCGCAGAGAGGUCGCUUGGGCCCAAGCUCUACGGCAUCUUCCCCCAAGGCCGCCUGGAGCAGUUCAUCCCGAGCCGGCGAUUAGACACUGAAGAAUUAAGUGUGCCAGAUAUUUCUGCAGAAAUAGCCGAGAAAAUGGCCACGUUUCAUGGUAUGAAAAUGCCAUUCAAUAAGGAACCAAAAUGGCUUUUUGGAACAAUGGAAAAGUACCUGAACCAGGUGCUGAGGAUUACGUUCUCGGGGGAGCCCAGGCGGAGGCAGCUGCACCGCCUCCUGCGCUACAACCUGCCCCUGGAGCUGGAGCACCUGAGGUCGCUACUCGAGUCCACCCCUUCUCCAGUUGUGUUCUGUCAUAACGACUGUCAGGAAGGUAAUAUCUUAAUGCUGGAGGGCAGAGAGAAUUCCGAAAAGCAGAGGCUGAUGCUCAUCGACUUCGAGUACAGCAGUUACAAUUACAGGGGAUUCGACAUCGGGAAUCAUUUCUGUGAAUGGAUGUACGACUAUAACUACGAAAAGUACCCGUUCUUCAGAGCGAACAUCCUGAAGUACCCCACCCAGAAACAACAGCUUCAUUUUAUUUCCAAUUACUUGGCUGCAUUCCAUAAUGAAUUUGAAAACCUCAGUAAUGAAGAAAAGUCCAUUAUAGAAGAAGAAAUGUUGCUUGAAGUCAAUAGGUUUGCCCUCGCGUCCCAUUUCUUCUGGGGACUUUGGUCCAUCGUGCAGGCCAAGAUUUCAUCCAUUGAAUUUGGAUACUUGGACUAUGCCCAAGCAAGGUUCGAUGCCUAUUUCGACCAGAAGAGGAAGCUCGGGGUGUGAGCGUGGAGGCGCCAUCCACUUCAUCCCUGGACUGCGUGGUUGCGGCCGAGCCAGCGGGGCCCUCCGCGCUCCGACGGCUGUCGCCGCGGCAAGCUUGGAUGGCUCGCUGCCGGACGCAGAUGUGUAUGAUACGAAAGACUGUAUUAAAAUUGAGUAACAUUUAUAUCCUAUCUUGUUCACGAUUUCACUAGGACCCUGCAGUGAGGUCGGGAGGCAGGAACAUAGUACGUAGUGCAAUACCUCCGAGUCCUCCGAGUCUAGAGAAGGCAGUUCUGUCGGGGCCCAGAGCUCGCGGCCGGCGGCGGCAGACAGCACGAGCAGUGUUUCUGUGGGUGCUUUUUUUGGUUAAUGUCAGUUUUUCAAGGGUUUGAAUUCACGUGCUGGGGCACGCUGUGACCAGGCCCUCGGUAGGUGACUACGUGUGUAGACGCCGCCAGCUCCCGAGGGCGGCGAGCGAGCCGGGACAGACUGUGACAUUGCUUUGCGGCCUGGCCGACCGCGAGUCCCCGGAAGCUGCUCCCUCACCCUUCUGGUCCCCACGGCGGACGCUGGAGGCCGCAGACCCCGUCCGGGGGCCGGGCCGUUGGCUCCGUCCGAUGAAUGUAGCUCCUUGGGGCUGUUGUACACACUUUGUCCCGCAGCCUCUGCCCCGCCCUCCUCAACCGAAUGUGCUUUACUAACCCCAGUCUCGGGCCAGCGGGACCUAUAGCCACGGAGGCCUGGCCGCUGGCCGAGGGGCGGUGCAGGCACCCGCGGACACACUCGCCUCCCGCCUGCCCUCCCCCCAAAAAGCAGCCUGUGCCCUGCUCUCCGUGGCCUUUCCUCUUCCGCCUCUGCUCAGCCCCGGCUUGCAGACUCUCUGCCAGGGCUGGUGCACCCGGCGGGGAGAGGGCGGCCUGGCCUGGGCUCUUGGUCGGCUCCCCCGGCCCUCCCUGCUCCCCUGUCCCUGACGGGGUCCUCCUGAUGGGGACGAGCAGCUGUAUGGGAAGGUGGGGGUUCCCUGGAGCUGUGAAACCUCAUAUAUUUAAUGUCCUUGGGGAUCAAUGUUUCUACUCUGAGCUCUUACUCAAAUUGCCAUUUCUGCUACCAGAGACUGUAGCUUACAACCAAUAAAACUGUAUGAACCCC